UUUUUAUUUACAGUUUUACCAAUUCACAUGAUGAAAUUUUUGGUAAAAUAUCCUACGACUAGUUUAACAUUAAACAUUACUUAAAUACGAACAUUAUAAUAUCAAUUAUUGUUUAUAUAUUAAAGCCCAAAUCCCUCAUACACUUUUUAUGAGCUUCGAUUAAGUGUUGACAGUUUUCUUCCCCAUUUUCGAUGAUGCUAUAAUUAUAAGAAAUAGUUAAAAUUUUAAAAAAAUUAUAAUAAUAAAUACCAAGCAUCCCUGACUUUUUUGGUUUCUGGGCAGGCACAACACGCCUUUAAUUUUUUAGGUUCUUCAUUUGCCUUGGCUGUACCUGUCGAUGCAGCCUCCACAUUUUGACUUAUUUGAUUUCCCAUGACUUAAAUCGAAUAAUUAUUAAAUUAAAACGACAUUUAGCACAAAAUUCUAAUAAAUCACCUUGACAGUCCAAAUAUCACGUAUAUUUUGAGUGAACUGACGUUUCCAAGUAAAUAUAACCUCACUUUUAUGUGUGGUUAUGUAACUAAACAGGGUUGCCUUUUUUUAUAAAAUGCCAUAUUAUUUUCUCCUUUUCAUUUUAUUUAAGAGUUUUAAAACAGUCAGUUUUAAUUAUGGGCAUUAUUCUAUGAUUUUCGGUGUUAUUUUUGAAAACUUGCAAAUUGUUUCGUUUUUCUGUUGGCUGCCUGCUUGUCAUGUUUAUGGCGGUAUAUUUAAACUACAUAACAGUUAUUUUGGCUGCAAUGUCGAUUUUAAAUGAGGUUCCAAGAACUCUGUGUAGUUUUUGAGCAGCCCUUUAAAAAAUUAAAUAUUUAUGUCAUUUUUAUAGCAAUACAUUGUAAUUUUCUGAAUCAUAAUCGCUGAUUUUACACUUUAAACUCGUUCCAAAGUUGAAUACGUUGCAUAAAUUAACCCAGGAGUUCACGAACGGAAGUGAAAUGAUUAGAAAUUGUUAGUUGUCUUUAUUUUAUUGUAACAACAUGAGUGAAAACCAGAAUCAACGACGUGUAAAAACCGAACAAUCCAGAAAAGAAGGUCGUUUUUGCAGGAUAAUAAUGGCCUUUUUCUACGCCUUUUUAAAUUGUGUGAGAUACUACAUAGAUUUAUUAAUUGAUGCUGCUUUUGGUUACUACUAUGACCCAACAAGACAAUGCAUACCAAAAGUGAAAAAUAAAAUAAUAUUAGACAGCGCUACAACGUUAGCAACAAAAAUUAGGAAAGGGGAGUUAAAAUCUGAGGAAGUUGUUGAAGCUUUCAUCGAUAGAAUCAAAGAAGUGAAUGGUAUAAUUAAUGCCGUUGUUGAUGAUAGAUUUGAGGAGGCUUUACAAGAGGCAAGAAAAAUUGAUAAGGAUAUUGAAACUGGUAACAUCAUCGAUGCUGAUUUUCAAGCAAAACCAUUCUUAGGGGUUCCCUUUACUGCCAAAGAGUCCACUUCAGUUAAAGGCAUGUCAAACACAAUGGGGCUGAAGAUUCGCCAAGGAAAAAAAGCUAAAUACGAUGCAGAUAUAGUAGAAAAUGUUAAAAAAUCUGGGGCUAUAUGCAUAGGUGUGACAAAUAUACCCCAGAUGAAUUAUUGGCAAGAAACGGGAAAUCCCUUAUUUGGUAUCACCAAAAAUCCUUAUAAUACAACCAGAAAUGUUGGGGGGUCUUCUGGGGGAGAAGCCAGCAAUUUGGCAGCUUGUGGGACAGCUAUAAGUAUUGGCUCAGACAUUGGUGGUUCUAUAAGAAUACCAUCAUUUAUGUGCGGUGUUUUCGGGCACAAACCUACAACCGGUUUAAUAUCAACCAAAGGCUUAUCGUUUAGAGACGGCAAAGAAACCCAGACGAUGGUAACUGCGGGCGUUAUGAGCAGGCACGCCGAAGAUUUGGCACCACUGUUAAAAGUUUUACUGGGUACCAACGCGGCAAAACUCAAAUUGGACACCCCUGUGGAUUUGAGUUCACUCAGGGUGCUUUUCGUCGUUGACCCGCAAGAUCCUUUUGUUAGCCCCUUUAGGCAGGAGAUUAAAGAUUCCAUUUGGAAAAUUGUCAGCUUUAUGAGAGAUGAGUGCAACGAACCACCGACGGCGGUGAAUUUCAAACAGUUCAGAUACACCACAAAGUUGUGGAGAUUCUGGAUGACUCAGGAAGAGACCGACUUCAAAAGCGACCUAACGGACCAAAACGGAAAAAUCGCCGUUAUACCCGCCAUAUUGAAGCACUUCCUGUUUCUGAGCAACGACUACAGCACCGGCACCGUUUACAAUUUAAUAAGCGAUUUGUUCCCCAAAGUUGACGAAACCUGGGCCAAAGAAGAGACCGAGGACUUGAAGAAAGCCUUAACUGACAAACUCGGCGAUAAGGGGGUGCUAAUCUUUCCUUCGGCCCCAUUCACGGCCAGCUAUCACCACACAGCUCUUCUGCGUCCGUACAAUUUCAAUUUGUUCUCUAUUUUCAACGUGCUCAAGUUCCCUGUGACCCAGGUACCAUUGGGACUCGACAGUCAAGGUUUACCUCUGGGAGUGCAGGUGGUUUCCGCUCCACACAACGACCAUUUAACCAUCGCGGUGGCGAGAGCCUUGGAGAAGCAAUUUGGAGGGUACGUUCCCCCAUUUAGUGCCUCUUGAAAAGGUUCUUCGACUUAUUUUGGGUUUUGUGCGACUGGUUUAUAUUUUUAUACUACUUUAAAUUGGGGUCUGUUUUGGGUCUAUUCUGUGGUGGUAUUGAAACAGUAUUCAAGGUGUUUGUUGGCAUUUUUAGGGGCCACCGGAUAUAAGGCUAAUAAUUUAUUUUGAUGUUGUUAAAUAAAAAAAAUUACUAAUUUUAAAUGUAACUUUAUUUAUUCAUCUUAAACAUUAACAUUUGAUAAGAUUUAUAUUAAAUUAAACUAACCACAUGCGUUUUGAUUACAUCCAACUAAAAGAUUCUACCGAAAUAUAUAUUCACAUGUAUAUAAAAAUGUAUAUUAUUCCCCAACUAAAGUAGACUAUUGAAAAAUAUAACGGGAAUAUUUAAAACUAUCUGAUAUAUUUCUAUAUCUACUAAUAGAGUUUAUAUGUAUUUUUUAUAGUAAUUGUGGACCUUUUCCAACCCUGAUUCAUAUAAUGUAGACAAAUUAUUAUAACAGUGGACUAACUCUUGAUAAAACCCGACAAACGAUUCAUUUUUACAUUCCAGAUAAAAACCAGGUGUCAGUUUAUAAAAUGUGGAAAGUCAAGGUUUAAAAGAUACAGUGUUUCGCAAAACAACACAGCCCAUUAUUAUAUCUUUGGCUAAUCAUCACUUUGUUAAACAAUCAUUUGUACUAUAAUAUAAAAUCAUCCAAAAACGUUUCCCUAUAAUUCGAUAUCAGUAUUUUGAUGCAUGCCUUUUGAACAGAACAUUGUGGACACGUCUGCUACGUUUUAAAUACUGGUCAUUCCUCUAUCGGCGACUCAAUAGAGGGAUGAGAAGUACUCAAGAGUGCGACGUUUCCCAAAUUUCGGAUUCGGUAGGUCCACUGUGCGCGGUAAAAUCCCCUCGAUGCAACGGUUUGGUGACGGUGCUCUCGCACUUUCUAAGGUACUUAAAACGAAAAAGAAACCAUGCAGGCACUCCCAAAGUGGUUGGACAUUAUCACUAUGCGCUACCUACUUUAAGAGUCGCUUUUUUAAGUUUCACGAUAUUUUGUCGCGCCACCAGGAGAAUAAAACCAGCGGCGACUCGAAGUCGGUGAACGUGAAAACCGGCGCGAAUAGAGCGAAGAAAAUGAAGAGGAAGGAGAGGGGGGAGAAGGUGGCGAGGAAGUUUCUCGAGUCGGGACAGGUUCCGUGCAGCUUUAAGCACGCCGUGAGCAUGUCGCAGUACGCGUGCAGCUGCAUCAAGAGCAGCUUGGGCGGAUCGUGUCGCUUGCCGUCGAAAAGAUGCGAAACGCUCCGAACGAAGCUCGAGUCGUAGAAAAUAAAGUACAAGGGGUGGAUGGUGGGUAGAGGGCAGGAGUCGAGGAUCAACGAGAGGAGGGGGUUAGCUGCGCAUGAGCACAGCUGCAGUGGACACCCUCAGCUCGGGAAUUUGGAGUAGAAGGCGUAAAGCAAAUCGUAGUUUUUGAAGUUGCACUGCUGAAUGUCGCGUCUCAGCCACUCGCCGAUGGCGUUCAUGUGGAUCAGCUCUUUUGUGGUGCUCUUCACCGGCGACG